UCGACCGAUAACAAAACGUCAAAAACAUGUGUUGCAAUGUUUUCUUUCCACUAAGUUGUUUUUCCCUCAUUUUCACGGAAAAUUAAGAUGAAUCGCAAAUUUGUUUCGCAAUUUUUGGUUGCCUCGUCCAUUGGGAUUGGUGGAUAUUUUAUUGGACAACAAGCGGAACGUAAAAAAAAUUUGCCAGCAAUUCAAUCGGAGAGUCGAGUUUUAAUUGCAGCUAAUCAAAGUUCUCACAAACUAAAACCGUUACCUGGACUGCCAAUUUUCGGUACUGUAAGUGCUGCGGUGCCUGCCCCAACCAGCAAAGACUAUGCUGUCGAGAAACAACGAAGGAUCGGACAAAUUAUGCAAUACGGAUUUCCCGGUUUCGACAACAUUCGCAGCUUUGAUGAUUAUGUUCUGUCCUACGAUCGUCGUAAUCGAGUCGCUCACUGGGUUUUUGAACAUCUCACUGCCGAAACUGUGCGUAAAAAUGAUGCCGUCGACCGUUCCAAGUGCGAUUUUGUCGAGGACGAAAGUAUUCAUGCCUUUUUCCGAUCCACAAAUGCAGAUUACCGGCGUUCUGGCUUUGAUCGUGGACAUUUAGCUGCCGCUGGAAAUCACAAACACAGUCAACUGCAUAUCGAAGAGACCUUCAGACUUAGUAACAUGGCACCGCAAGUGGGCAAGGGCUUUAACCGCGACGCAUGGAACAAUUUGGAACGUUAUGUGAGGAAAUUGACGAAAACUUAUACGAAUGUCUACGUUUGUACGGGUCCCCUUUAUCUCCCAAAAGUUGAGGGUGAUGGGAAAAAAUACGUGAAGUAUCAAGUGAUUGGCGACAACAAUGUGGCAGUACCGACGCAUUUUUAUAAAAUUAUUGUAGCUGAAACACCCGAUCACAAACUUGAGAUGGAAGCGUAUGUGAUGCCCAAUCAAGUGAUUGCCGACGAAACGCCGUUGCAAGUGUUCCAAGUACCUCCAGAAAGUGUCGAAAGAGCCGCCGGCUUGCUUUUCUUCGACCGAUUGAACCGAAAGCAACUCACAAAAAUCAAUGGGAAAAAGGUUUAAUCAAUUUUUAGACGAAUUACGACUUUACGUGAAGCACAACUCCAAAAAGUACGUGCUGAAAAUGCUUUUUUACCUUGUUGACUGGUGGCGACGCGAAGAACGAGAAGCCGCCAAGAAGAAAAAAUCAAAAAUAAAGUAGUUUAGUUAAGACAAAAAAUUUUAGAAUAAAUGUUACGUUUUUACUUGU